AUGGCGGACAUCUUUCAAACGAUGGGGAUGGAGUCACUCUCUGCCUCAGAGGAUGACUACAUGAGCGAUGUGCCGACCCAGACACCCCACAGGAAGCAACAAACCGCUCCAAAAAGGCAAUCAGGACCACCACUGGCCACUAAGGCAGACUUGUCAGGUAUGGUGACUGACCUCAAUGCCUUCUUUACGGCAGAAUUAGCUGGCCUCAAGAUGGAACUGAACACGCUCACAGGCCGCAUCCAAGCCAAGGAAGAGGUAAUUCAGGACUUGAGAGCCCAGCACGACGCCGUGGCAAAGCAAACACAAGAGCUAGUAACCACAUGCUCACAACUCAAUGCUCGAGUGGGGCAGCUUGAAGAUAUGGCGAGACAAAGAAAUAUAAAGGUGAAGGGGGAUCCCGGACUCAGUGACAGCAGACGAAUUGCCGCACCACAUAAAGAUGUUGCUGCAAACUGCCCUACCACCUAA